AGAAGAAAAGCAAACAUGGCGACUUCCACGGGGCAAAAUGGAAAGUCUGUUUGUUCUUCAGAUGUGGAUCUUUUGCUUCACCCUGAGCUGUUGUCUCAGGACUUUAUGCGGCUAAUUUUAUGUGAGAAAAACGUGAGUACCAGAGACUGUGGGAGUAGGGACCAGCUCACGGAGCUCUACAUCAGGCAUGUCAUCCCGCUGCCGCAGAGGACUUUACCGAACACCCGCUGGGGACGGAGGAUGGAGAAGAGCCGAGGGAGGCAACCGGCAGCUCAUCGGGCGGACAGCUCUAGUAAUGACCACAGUAGAAAAAGGCCUUUGAUCGUGUAUGAUGGGAGCUCCUCACACUCUGGCCCAUUGAAAGUGAAGAAACCAGAGGGAAGUAUAGCAUCAACAGGAGUCACCGACAGGUUAAAACCACCUCCAGCGAAGCUUUCCAACCCCAUUCGCAAGCUCUCAGGCAACAUAUCUUCUUCCUCUUCAUCCAUUCACCACAGCAGUGACACAGCAAACCUCAAACGAGAAUCAAAUACGUCGGGGGCACCGAAGUCUCCAGAAGUGAAGAAAAAGAUCCAGCAUGUGACUUGGCCUUGACCUCUGGCCUCUUUUUCAUACAACCCUGAUGGGACUGCAAGGUCCGGCAGACAGACCACUCCACUCCCUGCUCUUGCCCACUCCCUUAGCUGUCCCAUCACAAUUUUCCUAACUAAUCUAUCCACAGAAAGAUGUAGAAACCCUUUCAGCUGUGUGUUAAAGCCAUCUAACUGUCCUCAUUCAGUUAUGAGAGCUUACACACUAUGAUGAGCUUCCUUGUUGUUUUCCAAAGCCUCAAGUGCCCUUACUACCAACAGUCAGCAACUUGCAUUAAAUCCCAUCCAAAAUGAGUGAAUUACUGCUCUUAAUAUUCUGUUGUUGGUUUAGGUAAGAUGGCCCCAGGGUGCUGGGAUGACCAGUGAGUUUCUUAGCUGUGUUUUGUUUUGAAAUGGGUGCUAAAGAAUUCUCAUAAUGUGAUAGCAAUGGACGUAACCAAGAGGCAGUGCAGAUGUGUUAUGAGACAGUUCUGUUCCUCUGGUGUAUAGUAAACAACUACAGAGCCCAGAUCAUGCUGAACAUAACACAUUAGAAGUCGUGUGUACAUUAAGACCUGGUAAGAGGUGUUAUUUGGAAAUCUGUCACUAUUAUUUCUCUUAUGAGUUCAACUGAGAUCUACAUUUAUUUAGCACUAUUUCACAAGUUGUUCUAGGUUUUUAAAUGUCAGUCUGGUGUGAUAUUUUAUGAAUGUUGCACAUAAUGUGGAGAUAAAUACAGUACUGAACUGCAUUAUAAUUCACUGUCACAGAGCCAUUUUGAAGUGGAUAGAUGAUAUUCAUAUAUAAUCUUGUCAUCAAAAACAUUGGGACACUAAUGAUUUGCAAAUGAUUUAAAGCUUAUAUUCAAUUAAUACAGUGCAAGAAAAUGUUUUUUCUUUUUUAAAAUUUGAACUGUAGGGAUGCAACUUGUUUUUUUUUUGUUUUUUUUGAAAAGUUGAUAAGACUCCAAUAUUUACAUAAUAAUAAAAAAAAACACCUACUGGUGUAAUGUCAGACUAGUAAUUGUUUUGGUAUAAAAAGAGCAUCCUAGAGAGGCUGAAUCAAAAGUUCCACUUAUGCAAAUACAACCUGCUGCUGGACUUUUAGAUAGGAAUGUUGUCCCAUUCUUGUCUGAAAUGGGCUUCUAGCUGCUCAACAGUCUUGAGUCUACUUUGUUGUAUAUUUUUUCCCGUGAUGCUCCAAAAGUUUUCAGUUGGUGAGAGGUCUGGACUGCAGGAAGGCCAGUUCAGCACCCAGACGCUCUACUACAGGGGUGCCCACACUUUUUCAGCUUGCAAACUACUAGCAAAGCUACCCUGGUUAAAUGCGCGUGCAUUGUUGUAGGGUCUUUACCCACAAUACAAAGCACCUUGAGGCGACAGUUUGUUGUGAUUUGGUGCUAUAUAAAUAAAAUUGAAUUGAAUUGAAUUUAAAUGCGGUGGUAACACCGGUUCUACUUCUUUUAAUGCUGUGCGAUCCACAUUUUUUUUCCCCAUCUCCACUGGGGGUUCUGUGCGAUCCAACUGCACUCCUCUUGCGAUCGACCAGUAGAUCGCGAUUGCCGUAUUGGGCACCCCUGCUCUACUACAAACCUAUGCUGUUUUAAUAGCUGCAGUACGUGGGUUAUCAACAUCUUGCUGAAAUAUGUAAGGCCUUCCCUGAAAAGAUGUCUGGAGCAUAUGUUUCUUUAAAACCUGUAUAUACCUUUCAGCAUUGAUGUACAAGAUGUACAAGUUGCCAGUUCCAUAGCCACUGUUGCACCCCCAUCCCAUCAGAGAUGCAGGCUUUUUAACUGAGUGCUGAUAACGAGUCAGAUGGUCCCUCUUCUAACUUCUAACUUUCGCUCAGAGAAGACAGUAUUAUAUUAUGUGUUGUAUAUAUACAGGUGGACUAAUACAUUUAAGCACUGUAGAUGAUGAGAUAUUCAAAGUCUUCUCAGUUUUACAUUGAGGAACAUUAUUCUGAAACUGUUUCACAAUUUGCAGGUGCAGUAUUUGCUUUUUGGCAGAUUAAUGAAACUCCGCCUCUCUAAGAUGCUCUUUUUACACCCAGUCAUGUUACUGACCUGUUGCCAAUCAAUCUAAUUAGUUGCAAAAUGUUCUUCCAGCUGUUUCUUUUUAGUUGCACUUACCUUUCCAGUCUUUUGUUGCCCCUGUCCCAACUUUUUUGAGACGCGUUGCUGCCAUCAAAUUCAAUAAGAGUGAAUAUUUUUCCUGAAAUAGUAAAAUGUCUCAAACAUUUGAUAUGUUUUCUAUGUUUUAUUGUGAAUAAAAUAUGGGUUUAUGAGAUUUGCAAAUCAUUGCAUUCUUUUUUUAUUUACAUUUUACAUAUAAUACCAACAUUUUUGGAAUUGGGUUUGUCGUAUUGUAAGAAUAAUGUUGUAAAAGUGAGAAUUUGGGGAUUUUUGAUCUGUAAUUUGAUGAUUCUGUAGUGGAAAUCACUGCACCAGGUCUCGAAUACUUACUUAGUGGACACAGAUUAUUGAUUAAGUUGAAACACUACCAUGAAAAGUAAAAAAUCCCCAAAACAGAUUGAAAUGAAAAGCUCUCCUGUGGUCUGAGAAAUUUGAAAUUGUAUUUAAAAAUCAUGCACACAGAGGCUUUGAAGCUAGAGAGGAGAGGGACCGCCUGUCUUACUGGCACACAGAGCAAAGGCAGCAUCCAUGCUGGCAUGGAGUUGCAUUAGUCAACUCUAUGAAGGCACCGAUAAUGCUAAACAAUAAUUACUUAGUCCACUUCGUCCCUUUUGGGGCAUAAGGCCACUAAUGCUAAACAACACAGCAACACAUACUGCUAUCCAGCUGACUCGUGUUUCAGUGACGGCCUUCCUUAUUUCAGCGUGACAAUGCCAAACCACAUUCUGCACGUACUCCAACAGUACAGCUCAGUAGGAAAAGGGUCCAAAACUAUGACAAAAGAAGCCCUGAAGACUUUCAGAACUACAAGAAUUUAACUC